AUGGCUGCCAAAUUGCAAUCGGUGCUCUUUAUCCUAUUGUUCCAAUGGCUAAUGAAAGCAUUACCAGCAACAUCUUCCAUGGCAAAACCUGGAUGUCCAAACAAGUGUGGAAACGUCACAAUUCCUUAUCCAUUUGGAAUUGGAGCUGGCUGUUACAUGGAUCCAGGCUUUGAAGUAUUCUGCAACAAAUCUUCUCUCCUUCAUAAACCCUACAUAGGCAGCGUCGGCCUGGAACUGCUCCAAGUUUCAAUAGAUGGCACAAUUCGCGUCAACAAUCCAGUGCUCUCCUCUAAUUGCCAGAACAGAGCUCCAAUGGCAGACGUAAGCUUAUCAGGCAGCCCCUUCUUCUUUUCAGACACUCGCAAUAGGUUCACAGCUCUAGGUUGUGACAAUCUCGCCUUGAUUUACCGGCAAGAUAUGGUUAUCGGUGGUUGCCUGUCUAUUUGCAACACAACAGUCAGGGAAAGAAGCUGCAACGGCAUAAAUUGCUGUCAGAUCACAAUCCCCUCUUACCUCCAGUUCAUAAACGCAUCGUUUAGAGGUAUCUCUGCUUCAGAGGAUCAUGAGCAAUGCAGGGUUGGAUUUAUGGUUGAUAAAGAAUGGUUCAGUUAUCCUAUGGUUGAUAAAGAAUGGUUCAAUUAUUCUAGAGUGACAAGGGCAAUGGAGUAUGUACCAGUGGUGUUAGAAUGGGGAAUCAGU